CUACUAAAAGGCAUAAAUCAUUGUUCAUGUCUGAGAGCUAACUAAUGUCAUAGGCUAUUUAACAAAGGUGGGGGACAUAUUGAAGGGCUCAUACAACACAGGGAAAAACUAUGAUCAAGAACUCAUGGGUUCUUUAAAGUGCACGUAUUUAAUUGCUAAAAAAAAAUUUGUGUAUUCGAUAUAAUACAAUGUGUUUGCCUGGUUUAUGGUUUGUUCCUUUUGCAUAUUGUUAACAUGUACGAAUACACACACCAAAUGAAAUGUAAAAUCCUGAAUCGGGCCAUACUUGCCCUUUAAAAAGCAAUGACAAUCUGGUCCCAAAACAACAGGACAGUACAAUACGUUGAAAAGACUGAUGCACCUUUAUAUGUGUGUGCGAGAUAGAGAAAGAGGUGAAAGAAACAGAAAGUAAGGGAAAAUAGGUGCUGACUAGCACACUAACAAAUCAAUCAUUUGUUGGUCUCCUCCUGAUGUCUGAUUAAUUAUUACUCCAUCGGGUGAGCUCAUCCUCAAGGAAUCUGACACAGAACAGCACUGACAUCGCGCAAUAGGCAUUUGGUUUGUCUGAUGAAACACUAAACAGAAAACAUGUCAUAACUAUCAGGCCGAAACAUGAACCCAUUAUUCACCAAUGUUCCAAUUAGUUGAUCUUUUUUUUUUUAAACACAUAUGUUUGGCUUCUACCUGCUAGAAAACUAGACAAACCUGAAGUGUGCACACAGCUUAUGCAGUUUGUAUAUGCAUAAAAUCUAAGCCUGUUUACAUUGUGCUCCAUAAUUCUAGAAAGAAGCCCAUCUUGUGGAUUCACACUACCAAUAUACAGAAAUACUGUAUACCUACAUUAUUGAUCAACACAGUUAAAGCCAUUUAUCAGCUGUAUAUCCAUGACUCAAGAGUAUAGCCAAUUCACCCACAUGUUAGUUCCUACAUUUCCCAUCAUGCUUUGAGGUCUCCUGUAAAAAGGCAGCAGUGUUUUGCUGAUCUCAGACUGAUAAUUGAUCACACACUGGUAGGGGAAAGACUUUACAGAAAACAGACACAGUAAGAAAAGAGAAGGAAAGACAGGAAAGCUAAGGGUCCGCAAGAUGAAAUAAGGAUUGUUUGUGGCAGACAGAUGAAGGUCUCCACACUCAGAUGAAUACUGUGAUUGGUGCCCUCCAGGAGCUCAAACUUUUGCAGGUCCAAACUGCACUGGACGAGCUGAACUUCCCCAGUAAAACCAGCCAGAUCUCUCCAUUCACCUGCGCUCCAAACAACCACAGCUCAAGAGAAACCAAUCUGAACCAAACGCUUGAUUCAGAAAGAGAAAAUCUUUUAGACGAACAUUGUAAGACUGAGUUUAGCACAGAACCAUCUUUAUUCCUCACAAGUUCUCCAUUAGAGAAACGCAAUACAUCCAGGGCACAGGAACCCAUGAGGAUCCAGCACAGGGGAAGUCUAAGCACUUCCUCGUCUUUCUCCAGCUCUCAAGAAGAUACACUUGACAGCCGUUUCUCCUCAUACGAUAAUGACGACUCUAGUGAUUGGACAUCCUCACUGAUGAAUCACAGUAGAAACAGACAGCCGUUGGUGUUGGGUGAUAAUGCGUUCGCUGAUUUGGUGGGGAACUGGCUGGACCUGCCAGACGUUGGUUACCAAUCUGCAGGGGAGGUGGAAAGUGACGCGAGCCUCAGAGACACGACAGAGUCAUCAUCACCCACCAGUCAUUCGCAUGAGCUUUCCAGAAGACUCUCCCUAACUGCUAACAUCUUCAAACGUGUCCUACGCCGCGUUCGACCAGGGAGAAGUAAUCCCUUGCAGGACUCUCCUGGACAGCUCAACCAAAGAAAUCAGGAGAUGGAGGUCUUUAAACAACCAAAGAUUAUGUGCAGAAAGCCAAAGGGGGAUGCAAGCAAGCCAUUCUGGGUGAGAACAAGAGGACUGAGAAAGAAAACCACACCCAUUCAGCAAGAGGGCGUGGCUUACCAUAGCUCAGAGGGUUUGAUGGGAAGAGGAUGGGCACAGACUAUAGACUAUAAGCACAAUUCAGCUGUGUGGGUCUAAAAGAAUGAAAACUGUAAAUAAUGUUAGAUACAUUGCUAUCAACUGAUGGUUUGUGGCUAGAAGGGGUACAGCUAUAUCAAAAAUCUCAUGAAAUCUCGCUGGAUGAGCACUGUUUUUAUCCUAAUCUUACCCCCAAACCUAACCCUAAACCCAACCAAUCACAAGGCCGUAGCUGUAUCCCAUCUAGCCAUAGCUGUAUCUUAUCUAGCCAGAACCCAACUGAUAGGCUUGCUUUAUGGUCAAAACUACAGGUGUAAAAGCAAUUGCCAAAAUCAUUUUAAAGGAUUAAAGGAAGAGGAAAAACAUGUGCACAUGUAGCGCUCUUUAAGAAAUUAAUUCCAAAGAUUUGUUAGGUAAACUCCUUUAGGAUGUAUUGAUAUUUUUUCAUUGAUUGCAAGAGUUGAGAGUACAACAUGCUGUGUUUGUGCUGAUGUUUAUGCCUGUCAAGAAGUCUAUUAAAAGUCCUGCUUGGUGCAUUUUUUUUACAAACCUCCCACAUGCUGUUGGAAACCCCCCCAGCUUUGCACAUUUUUAUUGCCCUAUAUGCUGUGAUGAAUAACUAUGCAAAAUAUUUAUAAAAACCUGAAAAAUGCGAACACCAGCAUGAUCGUGUUUUCUGUAAUGCCUACAAACAAGUGGCUUGCUUUUUGCACUCUUAUUAUAAAGUACAUGAUAUGGGUAAAAGGCGAUUAAAAAAACUAAUUUCAAACAUCUGUUAUCACAUUACUCAUGACUUGUGGCCAAAAAAAUAAAAACUGCUUUUCAAUCUUGAAUGCAAUAUGUUAGGGGAUGUGAACAAAUGGAAGUAUAAAUUGCUUAUGUUGUAAUUU